GAUUCCGAAAAUUUCACUUUAGACGAUAUGUUUGAAAGCAGUCUAGCACGUGAAUUGACCCCAGGACAAAAAUAUGAACGUGAAAAACGGAAAGCGACAAUUGAGCAACACAAGCUAAUGGAAAAGCAAUCCAAAUGUCCGUUUUGUAUAGAUAGUAGUAUCUUUGAGAAACAUUUACUGAUUGCUUUGGGCAUCAAGGUUUACCUAUCAUUGCCUAGUCAUCGCCCUUUAACGGACGGUCACUGCUUUAUUGUUACAAUGGCUCACGAAUUAGCUAGAACUGCCUUGGAUGAAGAUGUUUUGCAUGAAAUAAACGUUUAUCGGAAAGGUUUGACGAAAAUGUUCGCUGAGAAGGGGAUGACUGCAAUAUUUAUUGAAACAUGUAUAAACAUAAGGCAUCACCGUCAUUUAUGCAUCCAGUGCUUACCAGUUCCACAAGAAAUUGGCGAUAUGAGUCCCAUAUACUUUAAGAAAGCUAUCCAGGAAUCAGAUACAGAAUGGUCUCAAAAUAAGAAACUGAUUUCGUUUAGUGAAGCGAAAUUGACUCAUUCAAUACCUAAAGGAUUUCCGUACUUUGCGGUUGAAUUUGAGUUAAAUGGAGGCUUUGCUCAUGUCAUUGAAGAUGAAGAUUUAUUUCCUUAUUACUUUGGGCAGGAGAUUAUUGGUGGAAUGCUAGACGUUGAUCCAUAUUUAUGGAGACGACCGCCGAAGGAGAACUUUAGUCAACAGCAAAAACGAGUUAUUGAGUUUUCAAAAUGGUGGAAACCGUAUGAUUGGACGCAGAAGAUUGAACGAUAA